UUUGACUUUUGUUUUUGACUUUUCGAGCCGAACGAAUUUUUCAGCGAUUUCAUUUCAUUAUUAUUUUUUGUAAAGAUUUGUUUGUGUAUUUGUGUAAAACUGUACAGUAUUCUAUCCACACUUGCCGGCUUUAAAUAAAAGGUUACACCAUGUCGUUUGCAAGGUUAGCCGUGCCAGUGGCUCUGGGGCUGUCUCUGGCCACAGUCACUGCGUUUGUGGUGUACUAUGUGUUCAAGAAAGACGAAGAAGAGAGUGAGGAUCCAAAGGCUAGCCGCAUCCAGACUUCACGAGCCACAACCAUUGAAGUCUCCGUGCCUAAGAGUAUAGUGCCAGCUUUGAUUGGCCGCAGUGGUUCUAACAUCAAAGAUAUAGAAAAGAAGUCUGGUGCCAUGAUACACUUCAAGAAGUUUAGUGAUAAGGACCACGACGUGUGCAUAAUCCGCGGCGCGGCGGGCGCGGCGGCGCUGGCGGAGGCGGCCGUGCUGGACUGCAUCAGGAACCAGCCCGUCAUCGUCGAGGACGACAUGACGGUGCCUUCUUGGGCUUGCGGACGGAUCAUUGGCACAGGCGGCGAGUCGAUCACCGACAUCAGCCACCGCAGCGGCGCGCGGGUCAAGGUGGAGGGCGUGGCCGGUGACGCGGGGCCCACCCGCCGGAUCACCUUCAAGGGCACCAGGGACCAGAUCGCGCUGGCCAAGGGGCUCGUGCAGAACUGCAUAGCACAAGAGAAAUGCCGUCGCGAGAUCGAGCAGGCCAAAUCCCAGCGGUCGCCGCGCGGCGCCGUGUCGCCGCCGCCGGCGCACAGACACGACGUGUCGUCGGACGGCGCCGCGGACAUGCCAGGUGACGUCACGCAUGCCAAGCGGACUGAAGUAUCAGGCGCGGCGAUAGAAGUGUACGUAUCAGCUGUCUCUUCGCCGUCGCGGUUCUGGGUUCAGUUCGUGGGGCCCCAAGUGGGGCAGUUGGACGCACUGGUCGACCACAUGACGGAGUACUACGGGCAUAAGGACAAUAGGGACGCGCAUAAGCUAACCCACGUGUCAGUGGGCCAAGUAGUCGCCGCCGUGUUCCGCCACGACGGCCGCUGGUACCGCGCGCGCGUCGCCGACAUCCGGCCCAACGAGUUCGACGCCACGCAGCAGGUGGCGGACGUGUUCUACGUGGACUACGGCGACAGCGAGUACGUGGCCACGCACGAGCUGUGCGAGCUGCGGGCUGACCUGCUGCGGCUGAGGUUCCAGGCGAUGGAGUGUUUCCUAGCGGGCGUCCGCCCCGCCGGCGCGGAGCCCGAGACUGUCUGGAGCCAGCCGGCCGUGGAGCGGUUCGAGGAACUCACACAGGUGGCGCGCUGGAAGCCGCUGGUGUCCAAGACGUGCACGUACAAGAAGGCGCUGUCGGCGGACGACAAGGAGCGCGAGAUCCCCGGCAUCAAGCUCUAUGACGUCACUGAUGAAGGCGAAGUGGACAUCGCGGCGGCACUAAUCCUCGAGGGCUGGGCGGCGGAUGCGCCCCCAUCCCCGCGCGCCUCGCCCGCCCGCGCCACCCCGACCACGCCUUUUGGGGAUUUGGGCAAGUCCAGUAUCCUGGGCAUGUUCGGCGGCGACUCGCGGCGCUCCGCCUCGCUGCCGCGCGACCGUGACGCGCCCGCCGACGCCGCGCACGCAGAAGACCCAAAGAUGCCCACAUCUCAAUCCCUGGCGUCGGGACUCGAAUCCUCAUCCCACGCGCGUAUACCGUCCACCAUCAUCGACAAACACCCGGCGACCGUCAAACAACACAACGGAACCCAAGACUUCAUACAGGCUGAGAGAAACCACCAAGCCACCAGUUCAGAGAGCCUAGAACAUCAAUUAGAACACCCGUCACCCGUGGCGAAGCUUCGAGAUGAGUUCAAAGCGAAUAUGAAUAGGAUUGACAGUCAUCAUAGCAGUCUGGAAGCGCUGGGGAAGACGCAUGAGCUGCAGAAGUGAGUUUAUGGUAUGGUAAUUUAAGAACAGGUUUUGAAUGACUAGUUGCAGGAAGAUUAAGCCCUUUAUUACCUAUAAAGUUAUCUUUGAACUAUUAGCAUUAUUUUGUUACGCACGCAACCAGUGGAAAUUAUGACACCGUGAAAUGUGUGUAGAUUUUCUUUAUUAAUACCUAAAUAAAAUGUUUCGGGAUAGAACAUCAAGGUUGGUUAAUUUGAAAUGAUUUAUAUAGUUUAUAGAAGGGCUGGUUGUGAAAGAGAUAGCUGUAUGUUGUAAAAGGUUACUGGUAGACACAGAUACAACUUGCAGGACCCAUGGGCUCUCUUCUAAAACUAUCCUUUAUUUCCUAAUUGGUAGACGUUAUCUGUUGUGAAAUUGUAUAUGUAUAAAGUUGUUUUUCAUUUCAUAUCUU